AAAGAUGGCUGCUUGCUAGCUCCUCCCCACAGCAGCUGCAAAUUCUUGUUGCAGCCGCGGUGGUAGGUGCCUCUUGCUGGGCUACCGAAGUUGCACUCUAAAGCUCCCUGCCCUCUGCUCUCUCCAAGGCCAAUAGCUCGGGACUUUGGCCUCUAGGCAGAGCCUCGACUCUUAAGCAGAAAAAAGGGGGUGGUGCAAACUUGUAGAGUGCAAUGCUUGCCUUCCUAGCGAGGAACAUGGCAAAGCCAUCAGGUUUGCUGAGGCCAGUAGCACUUAGGAAACUUCCGGGCCGGUACCUCGCCCACCAGGAGGGCUUGCCUCACCUCCCCAUCCCACCUCUCCAGCAGACAUUGGACCGCUACUUGUCUGCACUCCAACCCAUCAUCAGUGAGGAGGAACUCGGCCACACCAGGGAGCUGGUGCAAGAUUUCCUGAAACAGGGCGGUGUUGGGGAGAGGCUGCAGAAAGGACUGGAGAGAAGAGCCCGGAAACAUGAAAACUGGCUUUCAGACUGGUGGCUGAAAACCGCAUAUCUAGAGUAUCGGCUGCCUGUGGUGGUACAUUCCAGUCCAGGAGUAGUUUUGCCCAAACAAGAUUUUCAGGAUCGGCAAGGGCAACUAAGGUUUGCUGCGAAGCUGAUCGAGGGGGCUUUGGACUUCAAAACCAUGAUUGACAACGAGACACUUCCUGUGGAAUACCUGGGUGGGAAACCCCUCUGCAUGAACCAAUACUACCAAAUCCUCUCUUCCUGCCGUAUCCCCGGCCCCAAACGGGACUCUGUUGUGAAUUACGCAAAGGGAAAGAAGCCUUCAACGCAUAUCACUGUAGUCCACAACUUCCAGUUCUUUGAGCUGGAUGUCUACAGCAGCGACGGCAGCCCCCUGACAACUGACCAGAUUUUUAUUCAGCUGGAGAAGAUCUGGAACACCUCCCUCCAAACCAACAAGGAGCCGAUUGGGAUCCUGACCACCAACCAUCGCAACAGCUGGGCCAAGGCCUACCAUAACCUCAUCAAGGACAAAACCAACAAAGAGUCUGUGCGUUCAAUUGAAAAGAGCAUCUUCACUGUCUGCCUCGAUGCACCAAUGCCCCGUGUCUCGGACGAUAUCUACAGGAGCCGUGUGGCUGCCCAGAUGUUGCACGGUGGGGGCAGUCGCUGGAACAGUGGGAACCGCUGGUUUGAUAAAACGCUUCAGUUUAUUGUGGCCGAGGAUGGCUCCUGUGGUUUGGUGUACGAACAUGCCUCCUCAGAGGGUCCCCCUAUUGUCACCCUACUAGAUCAUGUUGUGAACUAUACAAAGAAACCAGAAUUGGUGAGAUCUCCCAUGGUCCCCUUGCCAAUGCCUAAGAAACUCCGGUUUAACAUCACCCCGGAAGUGAAGAAUGAUAUCGAGAAAGCGAAACAGAACCUUAACAUCAUGGUGCAAGACUUGGAUAUCAGUGCAAUUGUCUUCCAUCAGUUUGGGAAGAAUUUCCCCAAGUCGGAGAAGAUCAGUCCAGAUGCUUUUAUCCAGAUGGCUUUGCAGCUGGCUUACUACAGGAUGUAUGGGGAGGCCUGUUCCACCUAUGAGAGUGCCUCACUCCGGAUGUUCCGCCUGGGCCGGACAGACACGAUCCGUUCUGCCUCAGUAGAUUCUCUCAAGUUUGUGGAGGCCAUGGAUGAUUCUGGCAAGCAGGACCCGGAGAAGGUGGAACUACUGAGACAAGCCACCCAGGCUCAUCGUGCCUACACUGACAGGGCAAUUAGAGGGGACGCAAUAGAUCGCCACCUCCUGGGGCUGAAGCUCCAGGCCAUUGAGGACCUUGUCAGCAUGCCCGAACUGUUUAUGGAUACUGCAUACGCUGUUGCCAUGCACUUCAAGCUCUCCACCAGCCAGGUCCCCGCGAAGACCGACUGUGUAAUGUGUUUCGGCCCAGUGGUCCCAGACGGCUAUGGGAUCUGCUACAACCCCAUGGACGACCACAUCAACUUUGCCAUCUCGGCCUUCAACAGCUGCGCCGAAACGAAUGCAGCCCGGAUGGCACAUUACCUGGAGAAGGCCCUCUUGGACAUGCAGCUGCUCCUCAAAUCGAACCCCAAGUCUAAACUUUAAAGGUGGGGGGAGUUGCAGUUUAAAGCCUUGGAGGCUCCAAAAUCCAGACCGUUGCACAAAGGCUUCAGCUGCAGGGAGUGUUUUACAUCCCAUUUCUCCAUGGAGUGAGGCCUGUUUGUGGUUCUAGGACUGCUAGGCCAAAAAACAAACAGACAAAAGCUAAAAUAAAAAUACGUUUGCUGGUUGUUGUUUUUAAAAAAGAGCUUGGAACAGACAGACUUUCUCCUGUGGUCAUGAAGUGCCUUACUGCUUCCCCAGAAUUGGGGGGAUAGGUUUUUCUUCUUGUCAGACCUGUGUUUUGUUUUUGCUGUGAAAACAAGAAUAUUGGGAUGGCAGCCUGCUUCCCACCUCAAACAAGUCCAGAGGGCAGGCGGGGAAUUCCUGCUUCCCUGUAGACUAGGGGUAGUCAACCUUUCUUGAUGGUAAAAUUUCCUUACCGCCCACCAGUGCUCGAUGGAAGGAGGAUUCAGCUUGUGCUGUAGAACCCCCCUCCCGCCCACCUAGAAUCCUGAAACGCCCACUAGUGGGUGGUUAGGACCAGGUUGGCAACCCUUGCUGUAGACACUGAGAAGGAACUGAAAUUAACUUGAGGCCGCCUCUGGAUCUGUCGCCAGCUGCAUUUCCUUAUGGCCUCUUCAUAGAAUUAUAGUUGAAAGGCUCAUCCUUGGGUUCGGUCCAGCAGUUCUGUGCCAAUCCUGUGUGCUUGGGGUGGUUUGCUUUAUGAUGGGAGUGGUGGGCUUCUCAAACCAAGGAAAUAUGGUGGCCUUUCCACUUUGCUGCUAGCUUGGAGAGGGGGUAACUUUAUCUGUUUUCUAUACCCUCAACACCACCCACAGCUCAGAUCUCCGUUUUAUGUUUGGUUGGUUUUUUUUAUAUCCUUGUGUGUUUGGGGAAUCCACCAGGAUGGGAACCCCCCCUGCUGCAACAGGUUCCUAUCCCCUGCAGAUCCACCCAUUUUAUUGUUUGAUAAUAAUGCACUCUUUGUUGUUGAAGAAGUAGGUGUUCUGGUCAUUUUCACUGUAGAUUGCUGCCACCCCACCCCACCUGACACAGAAGUAUGUGAACAUCAAGCAGUCUAAAGUAUUUGAUGGGUCUUGGAAAAUCUACGAAAAACUGGUGAGAAGUUGAGUAGUGGGGGAGAAGGGAUAGCGCCUGGCUAGAAGUGAGAAUGUGUCCGGGGGGGGGGGGAGGCUCUCCAACCACCCUGUUCUAUCCUCUCUCUUUUUGGAAACUCUUGAUACUAUGGCUCAAGGCUGGGAAACAUGCAGCCCUCCAGAUGACUCGUAGCACCUUAGAGACGAAAAAGUUUCAUUAUAAUAAGAGAUUUUUGUGGGCUGUGGUCCAUUUCAACUGCAGAAGAUGCAAGUUGGCGAGCAUUAUGUACCCAUUUGCACACAAACUGCAAGCGCCCGCUUUCCAGUUCAGUCUUCCCCUGCAUCUGAUGGAAUUGUGUGGUCCAGGAAGCUUAUCCAAAAAUAAAUAUGUUAAAUUUGUAAAUGCUGCGGUGACUUUUGUGGUUGUUCCUUGAUCUCUCAAAUCUGGCUCAGGUGUGGAAUUGGCACCAAACUUUUUGCCUUGGUAAGAUUUUUAGAACAGGCAUGAGUAACCUGUGACCCUUUGGGUGUUUUUGGACUCCCAUCAGGCUCGGCCAGCGUGGCCAGGGGUGAUGGGAGUUGAAAGUCCCAGCAUCGGGGGGGGGGGGGCACUUCCAGGUUGCCCAUCCCUGUUUUUAAAGGCAAAACAGCAAGGCCAAACACAGGCCAUGUGCCAAGUUCUGAAUAAAUUCCUAACACUUUGGGCAUGAGAAAAGAAACAUUAGAGGCAGCAGCACAGAGUUGUGCUCUUAAAGGCUUAAGCCCACUCAAGUCUUUACUGGAUUUGUGCCAAAGAGAUCUGGGUUGUUUUCCUUAUAGAAUACCAUUUUCUGCUGUCAUAUGUUCAGAAGGUAUCUUGGCAGUCAUGAGGACUAGCCACUGGCUUUUAUGGAGGUUGAGAUUAAAGGAAAUCCUUGUUUUACAAGUGCCUUAUAUUGCCCACUCCUGGGGACAAAGGGAGAUUGUGUUAAAAAUAAUCUGAAUGUAAGACUGUUUACAUGUUGCGAUGUGUUUCCCAUUUUAAAUUGUAUUUGGUAUGUUUGUGGUUUUAAGUUUUAACCUCAUCGCUUCUUUGAAGCUUACAGUGCCCAGAUUCAUGUGUUAAUAUAUUUUUUUUUAAAAAAACACAACCCUGAUAUUUAUACAUCAGUGUUCUAUGUAAAUUUUUUGAAAGUGGAGAGCAUGAACAGAGAAGUCUAGGGUUCGAAUCUUACCUUAGCUGUGAACACCCCUGCAAUGUUAGUACAGACCUACCUGAUGGGUUGUUUGUUUCUAAGGAUUGUCGAGAUGUACUUUGAGCUCUCAAGAGUUAAACAAAUACAUUUUGAACUGCCAAACUAUUUAAUGUAUGCUGGUUACCUAUCAUUUAUGGUAUUAAAAAGAUAAAAUCUUCAUUGCCCAAGCUGUUCAGCAGCAGCUUCUAGCAUACUGGAAUGUUAGAACAGGUGCUCUUUCAAAGCACUGCAGAAUCUUUGGUGCAUGUAAUUUUAUAAUGUUUCUGAUGAAUGUUUGCAUGAUCUGCUUGUAAAUUGUAAUAUAUGUAUGUAUGGGCAUAAAAACGCUCACUAGUAUUGUGUGUAAACUUAACCCAAUUAAAACUGAAAUUUUAAGCUGUU